UGAGCAGAAAGGCAAUAAUGUGAUGUAUCAGGACACUAUAAUGACAAAAGACCCCAGUGAUGUCCCACCAGAGAAGGAAGAUUUCAUGCAGGUUAUGGGCCUACCUUACAAUGAAGCAGCUUCUGGACAGACAGGUGCUUCUUAAAGGACAGGAGAAAGAGGAUGAAAAAAAAGAAGCUCUCAAACUCUCCCUGAAAUACCAGUUUGUCACUCCCCUGACCUCUGUGGUUGUCACUAAGCCACAGGAAGGUGACGUGGAAGUAGCCAACAAACCCAAAGAGGGAGAUGGAUAUACAGCUGAUGUUGAUUUUGAUUAUUAUUCGGUGGGGCUGAAUGAUCUUGUGGCCGUGGAGAGACAACUGUGGUUGACCUUGUCUGAGAUCAAGGAGAAGGACUGGGUCUUCCUAAUGGAUGCACUGAUUGCACUGAUUAAUGGAUGCAGUGGUUUCUCCCUCAAUGCUCUAUAG